UAGAGGAGGUAACUCUACAAAUAUCUCAGUGAUGCAUUAAAGUAUUUGUUUUGCUCGUCGCGUAUAAGAUAUUUUGCUGCACACAUAAAUGAUUUUCAUUGUCUGAAAAUGGACAUAUUCCAAAUUCUGAAACUGUUCAAAAGUUAGAUCCAGGUUGAAAUCAGCAAGUGUGUCAACUAGAUCUAUAUUGCUGACUGAAAAGGUUAUUUGGGGUCAUGGUAGCGUUUGUGCUAAAAAUAUUUUUUUUUAAUUAAACUGAUAAGAUUCAAAUUAUUUUGCAGUAGAUUAAUGAAUUUAAAAUGGAGUUUAUAUUCUGUUUUAACAGUGUUGUCAUCACUAUUCAGGAUGCAAUCUCAUGACUAGAUCUACAUUUGCAACUUAAUCUCGUGUAAGAAUGAUAUACCUUUAGCACAGUCAAGACACUGAAGAACCAUUAAGUUCAUCAUUACUUUCAGACGAUGGAUAAGCAUUGCAAUGAAAAUCAGGAAAACACUGCAAGAAACAAUAUGACUGUAGAACUAGAAGAAUCCUGUGUUGACAACAAAGAAGGGAGCGGGGACGGUAAAGAGGCUAAAGACAUUGCAUAUAGGCAUCGUCUGCUUCAUACUUCAUGCGUCUGGAUCAGUAUGUUCGCACUAGGUUGGAGAAACGCAAUGAUUGGGCCAACUUUCCCAGAUCUGAGGAUAAUUAUUGACGAAGAUUUAUCAACUUCUUCAUGGAUAUUUACAGCAAAGUCUCUUGGAGGACUCAUAGGAUCAGUAUUCGGUGGCCUUGCCUACGAUCGUUUCAACAAGAUUGGAAUGUUUAUCUUAUUUGUAUGGGGCAUGGGUGUGGCCGCAGGAAUGACCCCAUGGUGCUACAACUUUGUUGCCAUGCUGAUUGCUCAUGUUCUACAUGGGAUAUUUGCAGCUGCUGUCGAUACAGCCGCUACUGCCGAUGUAACUGUGGUAUGGAAACACAAAUCCGGACCAUACAUGCAAGCCGUCCAUUCUGCUUUCAGCGUUGCUGGGAUUAUAUCGCCGCUAGUAACGGAACCUUUUCUGGCAGAGAAAGUCACAGCGUUUAUAAGAUUUAACGCAACAAAUGUGUCAACCAUAUCUUUACCUGAUUCGAACAAUUUAUCAUCUGCCUCGGUUGCUCCUUACAACUUAAGUACAGUACCGGAUAAGAUGGCGAACAAUACUCUGACUGAAUACGGUGAAACAUUUGUGUAUAUCCCAUAUUCUGUAACUGCAGCUAUCUGCCUUGUUUCUGGCCUCUUGUACUUGGUCGUUUGUUUUGUGUAUGGUAAUGUGUACAACAGAUCUGUACAUCAGGAAUCUGUUGAUGUGACACAAACAACUCAGGAACACUACUUUCUUAGCCAAAAAAUGAAAGUCAUUUUUACAAUUUUCUUAGGAUUAACUAUGGUGUUUUAUGUUCUGAGUGAAAAUUGUUUCAUUGGAUUUCUUAUGACGUUCGUCAUAUCAGAGUUGAAUUGGAGUAAAGCAAAGGGUUCUACUGCAUCCUCUUUGUUUUGGAUAACAUUUUCGGUUGGUCGAAUAUCUGGUAUAAUCAUCGUAAAAUGUAUUAAUUUAUCUGCAGUGAUUUUUGCAUUUUUUGGUAUAAUGAUUUCUUCUUCUGUACUAUUUCUUAUUGCCGUUGUGCUUGAUGUUGACAUUUUAGUGUGGCUGUCAGUUGGCAUUUCAGGCUUUGGAAUGUCUGUUAUAUUUGCCUCCGUCUUCUCGUGGCUCUCUAAGCACAUAAGAAAAUUGACAGGGAAAAUAACCAGUGUUAUCUUUGUGUUUAUGACCAGUGGCAAUAUGGUGAUUCCAAUUUUGGUUGGAAAUUUGAUGGAUAAAAUUUCUCUAAUGUGGUAUAUAUAUUCUCAGCUGAUUCUCAUCAGCGCAAUGUGUAUUUGUUUUACAUUUGUAUUCGUGUAUUUUAAUGUUUUAAAGAAAAUGCAUGGUAAGUCGGAGGUAGAAAGGAGAGCAGAGCAAAUUACAUCAUAAACUGACCGUGUUGACACUACUAUAUGUUAUGUUAGUUUCUGGUUUAAUUUCAUGUCAUUGUAAAAUAUACUUAUACGUGUAUUGCUCAUUGAUCUUUAGAUUUUUAUUAUUAUUACUCGCGUAAUGCUCUGAGAUUGUUUGCCUCAUCUGUGAAUCUCUCAAUAUUUAGCAAUUUUCUGGUAAUUGGUUUCAAAUUUGUAUGUAUACCUUUAUUCGCUCUUAGAUUUCAAAUAUUCAUGUAUAUGGAAAUAGUUCAUAUUUACCUUAUUCUGUUAUAUGACUUUAUUACAAUUAAUUAAAACAUUAUAUUCUGUGUAUAAAUGCGAGUUCGAAAGAAAGAUUAAAUACUUUUAUGAUG